CGCAAAUGGGUCAUUUGGCGGGAAAACUGUUAGAUGACGUCACAUCCCGUCGCGCUUGUGCAGGACAAGACGAGAAAAAACAAAAAUCAGCAGAAGAGCAGGGAUGAAAGCAAGGCAGAUUGUUUUUAAACAAUUCCAGCUGACAAACUAAUCUUAGCAGGAACGGCGAUUAUCAAGAUUUUGUUCCCAUCGUCCGAAUGGCUUUGAAACAGCUGCCGAUGAAUUCUGGUAGCAAAGACGACUUUCAGUUAUUUGGGGAAAACAUGAACUUUACAACAUCAAAUGACUCUUCCAAUCCACCGGACUCGCGAAAAAGAGCGGCACAACACGACAAAGGAGUGCCGCGCCACGAGGAAAGCUUUGUACAACCAGAACCGCCGAAGAAACAGAAAGUCAUUCUUCCAACUCAUGUGGCUCAAAAUCAAGAUCAAAGUCGGAUGAGCAACACGUCAGAUGAUAUCGCAUCACAAGUAAAGCACGGAGGUCCCUUUUUGCACCUUGAUAGCAAGGACUCGAGUAGCAGUGAUGGAAAAUCAAAACUUGAAGCCGUGUUGCGAGAACUUGGCCAAGAGAUGAGGAUGGUACACUUGAAGUGGGCACAACCAUUUGCGGAGGGUGAAUCUUUCGAAAGAUAUUGUCCAGUCAAACUUGAUGAACUCCUUAAGGAAGCUCUGAGGCUUGAACAACACCUAAAGAAUCAGAAAGAACGCUUGAAGGAGAGGUUAACUCUGAUUACACGAACCCUUCAAAUGCCUACCGUAUAAUAGAUCGUUAUUCGAGUUAAACUGUAAAAUACCGCCGUAAAUUUUUUAGCCGAUUGCUAUCUACUGCUAUUGCCAGUUUAAUUAAUCACAUUUGAACAGAAUGCCAUUUUCACUCUGCAGUUCGAGAUGAUGCAACGAAAAUGAUGAAACAAAAGACAGUGGUAAUCUUGAAACUUGUCAGACUAAUUAUGAACCAAUGACCGGUCAGCUACCGGUGGAAACCAAACCUAAAUUAUUUACAAUCACUUUUCCAGUAUUCCGCAGGACCUUUCAGUAACGUCGAAGUGAGUUCUCUUGUGGUUCUGGUGACAGUGUCUUUACCGCAUUACAUCAACUACUUCACUUUUAAUGUGAAACUUACAUUUGUCUCUGUUUUCGUUCUUCAUUCUUGAAACGCAUUAAAAAGGAAAAAAGGAGAAAUAUGUAGUAGUUAUGUGAAGUAUCCUCGCUGAUACUUGUAUUUUCAAACGAUGGUUCAGCGACAUCAAUACUUAUGUGUUAUCCUUGAUAUAAGACUUCCUUGAAUCAAGGUUAAAAAUAGCACGCGUAAAUUGAUAGAGAGAAGUUCAAGUUCACCGACUUCAGUUAUUAUGACAGCUCGCGACAAAUGAAGUGAUGUUACUUUUUCCGG